UCUGGAUAGGCAGAUGAGAGUACAAGUCUUAGGCCGUGGAAUUUGGGGAAGUUAUGAAUGGGGGGCGCCCCACCUUGAGCCCAAACCCCCAGGUACCUUGUAAAUUUUACCAGGACUCCUGGAGGGGCGGUGAGACUAAGCAAGGCCACGUUCCAAAGGGGAGGAGAGUGCCCACCUGGCUUCGGCCUGCACAGCACAGUCCUUCAUGAAACGCGAUACAGAGGCCUCCAUGGCUGUGAUAAGCCUGCUGUUCUUGGCAGUGAUGUAUGUCGUGCACCACCCCUUGCUGGUCAGUGACCGGAUGGACCUGGACACGUUAGCCAGAAGCCGGCAGCUGGAGAAGCGAAUGAGCGAGGAGAUGCGCCAAUUAGAGAUAGAGUUUGAAGAGAGAAAGCGAGCAGCUGAGCAGAGGCAGAAGGCCGAGAACUUCUGGAGGGGAGAGACACCCAGUGACCAGUUAGUGCUGGGGAAGAAAGACAUGGGGUGGCCUUUCCAGGCUGAUGGCCAGGAGGGGCCUCUGGGCUGGAUGCUGGGAAACCUGUGGAACGUUGGCCUCUUUUGCCUUUUUCUCCUCUUUGAGCUCCUGCGGCAGAGCAUGCAGCAUGAGCCGGCCUUUGAGUCCAGCAGUGAUGAGGAGGAGGCGGAAAUCCGUGUUGUGCCCGUCACUUCCUGCAGCUGGCUCACAGACUUCCCCUCCCAGGAGGCCCUGGAAUUCUUUUAUGAGCACAAUGUCCACAGUGCUACCCGUGACCUGCCCUGCACCUGUGAGUUCGUGGAGAGCUUCGUGGACGACCUGAUUGAGGCCUGUCGGAUGCUCAGCCGCCGGGAGGCUCACCUGCAGCUGGAAGACUGCCUGGGCAUCGGGGCUGCCUUUGAGAAAUGGGGAACUAGCCAUGAGACCGAAACAUUUGAUAUUUUGGUGCCCAUAGUCCCCCCUCAGGGCUCCAUCUUUGUCUUGGAGAUGAGGGAUCCGGCCCUGGGCCGGCGCUGUGGCUGUGUGCUGGUGGAGCUGGAGUGUAUGUGCAAGUGUGAGAAGCUUCCGGGUGACGUGCUGUGCCUGGUGCACCAAAACAAGAACCAGCCGGCUGUCCCAAGGAGGUCUAACAGCUCCCUCAAGGCGUCCCUCUGCACCGGCUCCCACCUGGAUGUGCACAAGACCGUACAGUGGUUCCGGAACAUGAUGGGCAACGCCUGGGCCCUUGUGGCCCACAAGUAUGACUUCAAGCUCAGCCUCCCCCCAUCCACCACCUCCUGCAAGCUCAGGCUGGACUACCGCUCAGGCCGCUUUCUCUCAAUCAGCUUGGUCCUGGGGGUGCAGCGGGAAGACACCUUGGUCUACCUGGUGAGUCAGGCCCCUGACCAGGAGCAGCUCACCAGUGUCAACUGGCCCGAGUCCUUUGCAGCCUGCGAGCACUUGUUCCUCAAGCUGGUAGGGCGUUUUGCUCCGGAGAACACCUGCCACCUCAAGUGCCUCCAGAUCAUUUUAAGUCUCUGGGAGCUUCAGGACUUAUCCCCCGGGGCGUCCUGCCCCGUCCUCACCUCCUACCACUUCAAAACGGCCCUCAUGCACCUGCUUUUGCGGCUGCCCCUGACAGACUGGGAGCCCGGGCUGCUCUCUCAGCGGCUGCAAGACCUCCUGUGGUUCUUGGGCCGUGGCCUCCAGCAGAGGUCCCUCCAUCACUUCCUCAUUGGCAACACCCUCCUGCCCCUGACCAUCCCGAUCCCUAAGACCUUUCGGGAUGCUGAGCCUGUCAAUCUCUUCCAACACCUGGUGCUAAACCCUACGGCACACUCACAGGCAGUGGAAGAGUUCCACAACCUCCUGACCCGGGUGAAAACUCUGCCUUGUGGUCCGCUGGCUGGAACGCAUUGAUGUAAAGGCUAUUAAAAGGGGAGGAGGUGUUUCUGAUUCCCCAGGCU